AUGGUCGGGUCCGAAGCCAUCUUCCUGGCUUCCUCGGGAGACGUGGAGUACUUGCGCCCCUCGAAGUCGGCUGUCCGGCAGGAAUGCCGAGAGGUUCGCUCCUUCACGCGUCCCGCUGGCAAGGGCAUGUACCAGCGAGGGAAAGGAGGCUAUGGAUACGGCUUCUCCUCUCAUCCUCAAACCAUCCUCGUUCCCUACGACUGCUGGCAGUCAGAUGAGGUGCACGUGGGCUGUGCCUGGAUAGAGGUUGUGGCGCCACCUGGGAAAGCUUUGGCUCAACUGCAGGUCAGCCUGCCUGUGACAGGACAGCAACGUGUGGACAGUUUCACCCCAGAGCAUGUGCAGCUCUUCAUCGCAGAGGACAACGAGCCACUUGCGGAGAUGCCUGUGUUCGAACACUAUCAGUUCUGGUCUUUGGGAUUUCCUGGAGAGCCGAUUCCACUGCCCUCCAAGGACUUACUGCCACACCGCACCACCCGCGCCCGACUGUACGUCAAGCGGGCCGCGCAGGGCGGGCGGAACGUGCGCAUUCGAGGGCUCCGGGUGCUCACGAAGUCUCUGAAGCGCCGGCGGGAGAUGGAGAUUCGCCUGGUGGAGAAGCUUUGGAAAACGCAGGACUUCACGGACAUGUUUAUCCACUGCUCCGAUGGUGCGGAAGUACAGGCCCAUCGAUCAGUGCUGGCCAUUGCUUCGCCGGUGUUUCGCUGCAUGCUUCGCUCUCCAAUGAAGGAGGGCACGCCCGGGGGCACAGUCAGCUUGCCCUGUAACGAAGCCGUCGUUCGAGCGCUACUGAGACACUGCUACGGCAUGCCCUACGAGAACGACCUCAGCUUAGAGGAUGAGCUGGCGCUUGUCGAGCAGGCGCAUGCUUUCGAGCUGGCCACACUUUGUGAGGAAGCUGCUGUGUCGGCCAUUGAACGGUUGACGCCAGAGACCGCGACGGCCUUGAUCAAAGGCCUGCGAACCUUCUACAAGGCAGACCGUUUCUUGUAA